CACGCCUGAGAUGUGUCUGAGCACUGAAGCCCAACACACGCGCAACCUGUAGGACUCUCUUCCCGCGCCUCACAGAGCCUUGGACCCCUGCUUCAUUUGGCGCACAGGAUGGACCUGCCCUGGGAAUGAGUCUGGCUGAUGCAGUGGAGGAGGCUGUUCUCUGUAGUACCCCUGCCUCGUUUAUUGCCAAAGUUGGGAUUUGCGUGGGGAGGGAGGCAGGGGAUCGCAGGAAGGCAGAAGAUGUUUUGAUGCUCUGCACCGCCGCGUGCUGCCCUGGCGAACUGGAUUCUCUUCCUGUCUGUGCUCCAGAGUUCCUAUGUGAGUUCCUAGUUGCUGAUAUGUGUUCAAGAUGAGUGGGAUGGGAGAAAAUUCCUCUGACCCAUCCAGGGCAGAGUCGAGAAAGCGCAAGGAUCCUGAUCAGCUUGGACCCAGCCCUAAAAGAAGCACUGAGAAACGCAAUCGUGAGCAAGAGAAUAAAUACAUAGAAGAACUUGCAGAGCUGAUUUUUGCAAAUUUUAAUGACAUUGACAACUUUAACUUUAAACCUGACAAAUGUGCAAUCUUGAAAGAAACUGUGAAGCAAAUUCGUCAGAUAAAAGAACAAGAAAAAGCAGCAGCAACUAAUGAAGAUGAAGUGCAAAAAGCAGAUGUAUCAUCCACAGGUCAGAGUGUCAUUGACAAGGACGCGCUUGGACCAAUGAUGCUUGAGGCCCUAGAUGGCUUCUUCUUUGUAGUGAACCUGGAAGGUAAUGUUAUGUUUGUUUCUGAGAAUGUGACACAGUACCUAAGGUACAACCAAGAAGAGCUGAUGAACACAAGCAUAUAUAGCAUCCUGCAUGUAGGGGACCACAAUGAAUUUGUCAAAAUCCUGCUGCCAAAAUCUUUAGUGAAUGGGGGACCUUGGUCUGGUGACACUCCUAGGCGUAAUAGCCAUACCUUUAAUUGUCGGAUGCUGGUAAAACCUCUUGCUGAUUCUGAAGAAGGCCAUGAUAACCAGGAAGCACAUCAGAAAUAUGAAACUAUGCAGUGCUUUGCUGUUUCUCAACCGAAUUCCUUCAAGGAGGAUGGUGAAGAUUUGCAGUCUUGCUUGAUUUGUGUUGCAAGAAGAGCUCCAAUGAAGGAAAGGCCUCUUCUUCCCUCAUCAGAGAGCUUUACUACUCGCCAGGAUCUACAAGGCAAAAUAACUUCACUGGACACAAGUACCAUGCGAGCAGCCAUGAAACCUGGCUGGGAGGAUUUGGUGAGAAGAUGCAUUCAAAGGUUCCAUUCACAGCAUGAGGGAGAAAUAUCUUUUGCCAAGAGGCAUCAUCAGGAAGUGCUGAGGCAGGGACUAGCAUUCAGUCCUGUUUAUCGGUUUUCUUUGUCCGACGGCACUAUAGUUUCUGCCCAAACGAAGAGCAAGCUCAUCCGUUCUCAGACUACUAGCGAACCUCAGCUUGUAAUCUCCUUGCAUAUGCUUCAAAGAGAGCAGAACGUCUGUGGAAUGAAUCAGGACUUGACUGGACAAGGAAUGGGAAAGAUAUUGAACCCAAUUAGCUCCAGCAGCCCUGCCCAUCAGGCCAUGUGCAGUGGGAACCCAGGUCAGGAUAUGACCAUCAGUAGCAAUAUAAAUUUUGCCAUAAAUGGCCCAAAGGAACAAAUGGGCAUGCCAGCAGGCAGGUUUGGUGGUGCAGGGGGAAUGAACCAUGUGUCAAGCAUACAAGCAUCCACUCCUCAGGGUAGUAACUAUGCACUAAAAAUGAAUAGUCCCUCACAAAGCAGCCCUGGUAUGAACCCCGGGCAGCCAAACUCUAUGCUUUCCCCACGGCAUCGUGUGAGCCCGGGAGUGGCAGGAAGCCCUCGAAUCCCACCCAGUCAGUUUUCCCCUGCAGGAAGCUUGCAUUCACCUGUGGGAGUUUGCAGCAGCACAGGAAAUAGCCAUAAUUACACCAACAGCUCCCUGAACGCGCUUCAGGCCCUCAGUGAGGGCCAUGGAGUUUCGCUUGGCUCGUCGUUGGCUUCGCCUGACCUAAAAAUGGGAAAUUUACAAAAUUCCCCUGUGAAUAUGAAUCCUCCCCAGCUGAGCAAGAUGGGAAGCCUGGACUCUAAAGACUGCUUUGGACUUUAUGGGGAGCAAUCCGAAGGUACAACUGGACAAGCAGAGAGCAGCUGCCAUUCAGGAGAACAGAAAGAUAAUGCCGACAGCAACCUGCCACCGGUUGUCGGUGGCGAGAGACCUGAUGGACAGAAUAAACUGCAUGACGGAAAAAGCCAGACAAAGCUCUUACAGUUGCUGACCACCAAAUCGGAUCAGAUGGAGCCUUCGCCGUUGUCCAGCACGAUGGGAGACGUUAGCAAGGACUCCGCGGGAGGGUUGUCUGGGUCUGGUUCAGCACAUGGAACCUCGCUCAAGGAGAAGCAUAAAAUUUUGCACAGACUAUUGCAGGACAGCAGUUCUCCUGUAGAUCUGGCCAAGCUCACAGCUGAGGCCACAGGCAAAGAACUGAACCAGGAGUCCAGUAGCACAGCUCCUGGUUCAGAGGUGACUGUUAAGCAGGAGCCAGCGAGUCCUAAGAAGAAUAAUAAUGCACUACUUCGCUACUUGCUAGAUAAAGAUGAUACUAAAGAUAUUGGUUUACCAGAUAUACCCCCAAAACUGGAGCGGUUGGACAGUAAGACAGACCCUUCCGGUAGCACAAAGUUAAUAGCUAUGAGGACGGAAAAAGAAGAGAUAAGCUUUGAGCCUAAUGAACAGCCAGGCAGCGAGUUGGACAACUUGGAGGAGAUCCUGGAUGACCUACAGAACAGCCAGUUACCGCAGCUUUUCCCCGAUAGCCGAGCAGGCGCGCCAGCAGGCUCGGUUGACAAGCAAGCCAUCAUCAAUGACCUCAUGCAGCUCACCAGUGACAGCAGCCCCGGCACGUCUGUGGGCACCCAGAAACCAGCAAUGAGGAUUUCACAGAGCACUUUUAAUAAUCCCCGAGCAGGGCAACUGGGCAGGUUAAUGCCAAACCAGAAUUUACCACUUGACAUCACACUGCAGAAUCCAACAGGCGCAGGAAAUUUCCCACCCAUAAGAACUAGUAGCCCAUAUUCAGUGAUACCUCAGCCGGGACUGAUGGGCAGGAACGAGGGGAUGAUAGGAAAUCAAGGAACUUUAGGGAACAAUAGCACAGGAAUGAUUGGUGGCAAUACCCCUCGGCCUGCCAUGACAUCCGGAGAGUGGGCGAGCCAGGCUUCUGCUGUGAGGGUGACCUGCGCGCCCACGACCAGCGCCCUGAGCAGGUCGAUCCAAGGAGGCAUGAUACGCAACCCCACAGCCAGCAUUCCCCUGCGGCCCAGCAGCCAGCCUGGCCCGCGGCAGAUGCUCCCUUCUCAGGUCAUGAAUGUGGGGCCAUCUGAACUGGAGAUGAAUAUCGGAGGACCUCAGUAUAGCCAACAGCAGGCCCCUCCCAAUCAGACCGCGCCGUGGCCAGACAGCAUCUUACCUAUCGAGCAGGCUACUUUCACUAGCCAAAACAGGCAACCGUUUGGCAGCUCACCAGAUGACCUGUUGUGCAAUCACCCUUCGUCAGAGUCCCCGAGUGAUGAGGGUGCCCUCCUGGAUCAGCUUUAUAUGGCACUGAGGAAUUUUGAUGGGCUAGAAGAAAUUGACAGGGCCCUAGGAAUACCCGAGCUGGUUAGCCAGAGCCAAGCUGUAGAUCCAGAGACCUUCUCGAGUCAAGACUCAAGCAUCCUUCUGGACCAGAAGGCCCCGGUGUUCACCCAGCAGUAUGCAUCUCAGGCGCAGCUGGCCCAGGGCAGCUACGCACCCAUGCAGGACCCAAACUUCCACCCCAUGGGGCAGCGGCCAGGUUACGCAGCCUUGCGCAUGCAGCCGAGGCCUGGCCUCCGGCCCACUGGCAUAGUGCAGAACCAGCCAAAUCAGCUGAGACUUCAGCUUCAACACAGGCUCCAAGCACAGCAGAAUCGGCAGCCACUGAUAAAUCAGAUCAGCAGCGUCUCCAAUAUGAAUCUGUCUUUGAGACCUGGAGUGCCAACGCAGGAUUAUUGUCUUCCGUUUAAUAUUGUUGUUGCGGGGAGGGGAUUAAGAGCUUGCGUCUUUCUGAUGGUUCCCGCGGCGCUGCCUCCCGCUAGUCGCGCGCAGAUGCAGCAGCAGCAGCAGCAGGUGCAGCAGCGAACGCUGAUGAUGCGAGGGCAGGGCUUGAGCAUGACCCCCAGCAUGGUGGCCGCCGGUGGCAUACCAGCAACCAUGAGCAACCCACGGAUCCCGCAGGCAAAUGCACAGCAGUUUCCGUUUCCUCCAAACUACGGUAUAAGUCAGCAGCCUGAUCCAGGCUUCACAGGGGCAACCACUCCUCAGAGUCCACUGAUGUCCCCAAGGCUGGCGCACACUCAGAGUCCCAUGAUUCAGCAGUCUCAGGCUAAUCCUGCCUAUCAGUCCUCUACGGAGAUGAAUGGGUGGGCGCAAGGGAAUAUGGGUGGAAACAGCAUGUUUUCACAACAGUCCCCACCACAUUUUGGGCAGCAAGCAAGCACCAGCAUGUACAAUAAUAACAUGAACAUCAGUGUAUCCAUGGCAACCAACACAAGUGGUAUGAACAACAUGAACCAGAUGACAGGGCAGAUCAGCAUGACCUCAGCGACCUCUGUGCCUACAUCAGGGUUGUCCUCCAUGGGUCCUGAGCAGGUUAAUGAUCCUGCUAUGAGGGGAGGCAAUCUUUUUCCAAACCAGCUGCCUGGAAUGGAUAUGAUAAAGCAGGACGGAGAUGCAACACGGAAAUACUGCUGACCCUAGAGGCGGUUUGUUUGCUCCUUUCUUCAGCUGACUGGGCUUACGGCCCCGAACCCUUACCAGUUUGAAGAGCUGCAUCGGUUGGCCGUGACCCAGCUGCUCGGCGGCGAGUUGCAGCAGCGCGAGCUUAGCUCCCCGCUGCCGACAGGACUCAGCUCUGCCUUCCCGAGGGGAGUCAAAACGGUCGUUGCUGAACGAGCAGCCUCUUUGACAGUCUGAAGCUAGCGUACAGACAGUUGCUCAGUCUGUUCACUGCAUUCACCUUAGUGCAACUUAGAUCUCUCCUGCGAAGUAAAUGUUGACAGGCAAUUUUCAUAAACCAUGUCAGAUUGAAUGUAUUUAAAUGUAUGUAUUUAAGGAAAAACAACCAUGCUCUUGUUCUGUUCCCGUUUAGUUCUAGACCUUGGUUUUUUGCUUUUGUUUUCCCUGGCUACUCAGUCUGGUGCAAAGGAUUCAGUUCCAUCUGAAGACUGGUGUUUUAAACUAAGGCCUGCAUUUUGGGGGCGGAGAGACCUGGAGGAGGGUUUAGAAGCAGUGUCUGGUGCAUACAGACCUCUAAUGAAUAUGUUUCAUUUGCAACAAGUCAGAGAAGAUGAACCUAUGUAGAAAACUAUACAGACCAAUUUUGAAUGGGGUAAAAGUUGUAACACAGGUGAAAAUUAUCCCACAAGAGGGCUGUUUAUAAGGGGUGUUUUAGUUGCAUUUUUUGGUAACGUUUGUAAUGCAAAUCAUGAAUCCAAAAAUAUAAGUUUGUUACAUUCUUUAGGUAAUUAAAUUCUUAAAAAUCAGCAAAUCCUGAUUUUAACCUGGCUCUCCUGACCUCUCUCAUCUCUUUUUCUAAUAGAGUAAAAGAACAGGUUAGCUCUUCAUUUCCCUAGGUGUGUUACCAGCAAUCUAGACUGCAAGUUGCUGGUUGCUGAACAGCAGGUUCAGUGAUAAUGCAUGUACUGAUUAUGGUAGUGGCAGAAUUGGUGCAUAA